AUAAGUGUGUUACUACAGGCAUAAAAACCUCAACAUCAUGACUGCCCCAAAGGGCCAUGCCACACUUCAAGGAAAAUCGUCAGCACUUGCUGUCAAGCCUUAGUACAGGGAGCAGAGCUCUCUUUACUCUCCUCGUUAUCAACGUUUUAUGCAGCGAGAUAUACACAUAGUGCGUUAUCAGUGGAUAUUUUGGAUAUAUGAUUCUAUACUCUAUGUUAGAGUAAACAAUGAUCUCUAGAGAAAAAAAAGUGAAAACGAAGUCGAUGUGUUAGAUUCCCGAUUGUAAUUGUCACUUUGGAUGUGUCCAAUUAUAACGAUUCUAUUUACUUGUGUAUCAUCAAACACACGCGUACUGUAGGCGUCGUCAUAGUGCUGGAUCCACGACGAGCGUAAUAGUUGUUAGUCUACAAACCAACGAGACUCGGGCUAUAUAGACACAUAUCUAUGUACACAUUGUAUAAACUCAUUAGUAUACUCAAAUUGGACAAUGGUCAAUGUGUCCAAUUCAUUACAUAUCUUAUGGAACUCGAGACUACAGAUUAAAAGACUGGGGAAUUUAACGUGUUGCAAUUGCUAUGGACAACAACUAUAAUUGGUGUACAGCGGUUCAGGAAUUGAGAAUGUCUUCCUAAAAUGUUUCAAGCCAAUUGAUUUUAAUUAAGCUGUGAUUACGUAUCUAGGACAAAAACUCAUUACGCCGAACUGGCGAGUGUGUAAUGAACAGGUAUGGAACUUGUUCGCCAUUUCGGUUUUAAUAGAAACAGUCGGGAUAAAAACAUCUUCUGUUUUACGUCAUAUGUCUUUCUGUCUUUACUUUGUCUGACAUUUGCUUCGCCAGAUUGCGUUCGAAGUGAUAAGGUCACAAAUAACAGAAUAUUACAGGUAUCGGAGAUAACACUUCAAAGAGCACGUCAGGUUUGUGACGUUGUUCAUGCGGAAGUAAAGAUAUUUGUUUUAGCUGAAUAUUCAGAGGAAAACAACAAUGUGACAACUGUCCUGUUUUGUCCAUCCACUGAAGUGCCGGAAAUCACCGUCGCUUUUCAAAGAAAAAUCAUCAGCCUCAGUACAAGUGAUGAUGAUGGGAGCGUGGUCGCCUCCCGUCUCCCCAGUAAUUCUGUCCAGGUUCACGUGAAACCGUCAACUACGAUAUCAACCGUCCUUCCAAAAGUAUACGUACAAAUGAGGAGAUUCCCCGGCAAACUCAACUUGGGAAGGAUGUAUGCUCAGUGUGGUGAUACGCUUGAAUCAAUGGAGGAUUUUGAACUAAGAUUACAAGAGAGUAACACCAAAAGGAAAGAAGGUUCCAAAUAUCGAAGUACAACCAACUCACGACGUUAUGAACGUGACACAUCCAAUAUUGAUAAGACAAACAUUACUGAUCAAGCCAUGUGCGGAGAAACUCAUAGCUGUUUCCGGUACGGAGAAUCAUCAUGUCAACACAUGGAAUGUACAUACUUCGUCUCCUAUCGAGUUGACGACAUUGUUAACCGCAGGACUAUUCAUCUGGAAGUCAGCGGCAAGGCACAAGGAUGGCUAGCAAUGGGGUUCUCCUCCGACAACAAAAUGGGUGGAGCCGACAUCAUUGCAUGCAUUCGAAAGGACGUCGCCUCGUCAGAAUUCAGAGCAGCAGCUUUCAGUACUUCUUAUUACCAUGAUACCCCAACAGAAAAGGAGAGUUUCUCUAACCUGACCCGGUUCGAAGAGGUAGACGGAUAUUUCUAUUGUUAUAUUCAGGUUCCGUUCAAACAACGCUCAGGUAAUUACGUAGACCUCAGCAACGACUGGUACCAGCUCUAUGCAUGGGGAAACGUUGGAACAGGAGGGAAAAUGGAAAGACAUACUCAUCAGCCACUGACGUCAUUAACUCAAGUAAGCGUCAUGUAUAAAAGAAAUGAAUUCGGAGCUGGAGAACAGAUAAAGGGAGGCAACCUUGUCGUAUUAUCUCUACUAAUAAUGACAGCCAUCCUGGUGUAAAUGCUCCAAUGCUGUGUGUAAUCCAAAUAUAUGACGUUUUCCAAAUAUGGCAUGCCAUUUUUGUGACGUCAUAUUUAAUUCAGAAGCGAUAUUCAAUGAGGGGUGAAAUUGUGUAGAGAUAACCGUAAAUACUUUGCCAGUACAUAAGCUCUUGAAUUUGAGAUUUUAGCCGCUGCACGCAUUGUGCUGAUGAGUUAUUUCAUACCUUUAUGGAGGUAAAACAUACGAUGUAUUGUCUUCAUUGAAUGUGCCUACCGUGCAAUUUUUGCAUUGUGUCGUUCUUUUAAAUUAUAAAUAUAUAUAUAUAUAUAUAUAUUGUCGUGUUUUAAGUGAUUCGCAGUUCAUAUUCUUUAUUCAAGAAAGGUGAGCCAAAAUAGCAAAACUAGAAAAAAAACUUGAAACAUCAGAUCUUGGUUUAAAAAAACAGAGAUAGAUUAUUGGUGAAUGGUGGUAUGUUAAGAGUACGAAAGGAGAUGCAGUAUGGCACCUUCUACUACGACGAUAAUGUUGCGGAGGGAAGAUAAACUAUACGUGUUUCUACAGGGUCUAGGAAGGUAUAACCGUGUUAUGCAUCUAUUAUGUAUAUAAAUGUUGACGUCAAUAUAGACUCUAUUUAUCCUUAUUUUAUGUCAUUUUCAUCGUGUUCAUAUACACAUAUUUGUUGCAUGUCUACUUUAUGAAAUGAAAAAGGUAGACGACGGCUGCCCCGAACAGUUAAUUACCACGCUGAUGUGAAGUAUACUACAUUGUGCACAUUUUACCUUUUAAAUGGCAUUUACUUAAAUGAUUGUACUUAAACAUCGAUUGUCAGUGUACCUACCUGUAUUUGUAUGUAAUGUAUCAUAUAAUACUACAACGCUGUUUUCUGAUUACUUCCGAUUUUGAUCAAGUGCAAUUCUCAACUCAAUACGUCAUGUUUGAACUAUAUGUGGCAAUGUAUCACCUUGCGGAUUUCUGUUGAAUAUGUAUCACAACCCGCAAAUACACAGCAUUACAUUCCUUGUAAAUAACAUUUUUGAUAUAAUCCCUUUUUGCAGUAGAAAUAAUUUUUCAUUAACAUGCUUCAAAUACAAUCCGCUACAGGUACAAUAUAUGAUAGAAUUACAAUUGACCUAUGAGAGAAAAAAUAACUACAUCCAUUUCCUUAAUACUAGUCACCAUGGUGUUAGAUUGAAUAUACAAAACACACAUGGAUGCAUAUAUGUAUCAAGAACUUUUUAUUUGGAACUUAAUACAUAUAAUACACGCACACUUAUUAUCAUAAUUAUAGAUAAUUUUGAUUGUCAGAAACAAAUGCCUUCAAAUUUACAAUUUCUUCGAUUUUACUCAUGAAAGAUGUAUGCUGUGAGAGUUAUGUUUUUGGAUAUUUCCAUGGAUUAUGUAUGCAUCGAACGAUUUACUGCAUAACUUGUUGCAUGAAUGUAAAUAAAUCUAUGACAGUAAUGUAAGAGUCUGUAGAAACAACGCUUCCACUUGGAAUUCCGGGUGUUGUAUAACAGUCUGAAUAUGUAUAAACUGGGAAUGAGCAAAAAUAAAUUCUAUGAAUAAUUACUGAAAUUCUUUCAGAAAAUCACUUACAAAUUUGAUGUUUUAAAGGACAAAACACUUCCAAAAGAACACGAACACAUUAAUAUGUAUAAGGCUGCCAUUGCAUUUGAUUUGAAGGAGUAAGAGCAUUGUUUAAGGGGGAAAACUGCAGAAAAGAUAAGGACACAAAAGUAUAAUACAUAUUCAAUAAGUAUAUUUAUUACAUAAUGCGUUUGAUUUUCCUUAACUAUACGCGUAUGGUAUAUCAUGUACUAUUCCAUGGCCAAAACGACUAUUGCACGGUCACGUGCGAACUAUUGAACACCUAUGACGUUUCGGAAUUUAAUCAUACCCUUUCCAGCGUCUUUGUCACCCAGAUGUCAACACUGCCAGGCGAUAGUCACAGUGACUUUUAGGCCUACAGGAAUGUCGAGAUUUCAGUGAUUUUAAGUGUGUUUUGGUGAUUAUGUAAUAAGACAAGUAUAUCAUUGGUGUCUGUGCAAUAGUCCAGAAUAUUUGAUCCUCGGUACUGGUAAUCGACCGCUGCUCUAUUGCCCUCGGUCGAUUACCAGUACAUCGUGUCAAAUAUUCUGGGCUAUCCUUGGUAUAUUUGUAUAUCAUUACACUACUUUACAAUUUUCAUUUUCCUUAUUUUCAUGAUACUGUUCGUGUAUUGUUUCCUUGUAUUCCAUGUAUAAUGUUUGUAUAUAAAAUGUUAUAAUAUAACUAACA